GAGCUGGAAGCAGGUCGUAAGCGGGCGAGGCAACGUUUAAAAAUACUUCUGGGAAAAUAAUAAAAAAGAAAUCACUGGAGAGUCAUUUCAAUUACAACAUGGACGAUUUGGAGCAUAUCACAUCUGAGGAAAUUGAGGACGUACGAGUGGCAAUGGAGUCUGGUGGCGUAGAAAGGGCAGCAGCUGUAAUUCAGGCUCACUUGGAGUCCUUAGACAACGUACACCUGAAUAUUGCCAUCACUGGUGAAUCUGGAUCCGGGAAAUCCACCUUUGUGAAUGCCUUCAGGGGUCUCGAAGACGAACAUCCAGAGGCUGCACCCACUGGUGUGGUAGAGACCACUAUGGUGCCAACCAAAUAUACCUAUCCAAAGUUUGACAAAGUAUUUAUCUGGGACCUUCCAGGAAUAGGAACGCCAAAUUUUAAAGCUGACGAAUAUCUGGAAAAAGUGAACUUUAAAAUGUAUGAUUUUUUUAUAAUUAUUGCUUCAGAACGCUUCAAAUCUAGUGGUGUACAACUUGCCAAAGAGAUUCAAAAAAUGAAGAAAACAUUUUAUUUUGUCAGAUCUAAGAUUGAUGACAGCCUGAGGGCAGCAGAAAGGAAAAAAAACUAUAAUGAAAAGGAGACCCUUGACCUGAUCCAACAAGACUGUGUUAGAGGCCUACAGGAAUUCGACAUUUGCUCGCCCAAAGUCUUCCUGAUCUCUAGCUUUGAACUGAACCUCUAUGAGUUCCCAAAAUUGGAGGAGACCAUUGAAAAGGAACUCCCAAAGCACAAAAGACAUGUUCUGCUGCUCGCACUGCCAAAUAUGAGCGUUCAGGUCAAUGAACGAAAACGCGAAUCAUUUCGAGCCAAUAUCUGGAAACUCGCCACUGUGUCAUGUUUGGUUGCAGCUGUGCCCAUCCCAGGGCUGUCAGUUGCAUGUGAUGUUGCCAUCCUAGUCAAAGAGCUGAGAAAAUAUUACAAGGCCUUCGGUCUUGAUGACGAAUCUCUUCAGAAUCUAGCUAAGAGAGUCAAAAAGCCUGUCCAAGAGCUGAAAUCUGUGCUCAAGUCCCCUCUGACAGCAGAGAUUUCCAAGGAUGUUGUUAUCAACUUGCUGACCAAGUUUGCAACUGCAAGUCUUAUGAUUGUGGAAUACGCAUUUAGCACUAUCCCAGUUAUUGGGUCAGUCAUAGCAGGGAGUAUUUCCUAUAAAACAACAUCUAUGAUGCUUAACAGCUGCUUAAAUGAAUUGGCAGAUGAUGCAAGCAACGUCUUGAAAAAGGCCUUUGAAUCUGAAAUGUGAGGAAAAAGGGGUCAGAUUGUACUAGACGGCACAGUUCAAGGAUCCAUUAGGUGUGAAAAGCAGCACGACUGGCUAUUAUAGACAGUAAAAAUACCUACACAAUUAGCAACAAGAUUGAUAUUGGCAGUAGAAUUGUGUUUUAACAAAUUCACGAAAAGAUCACCAGGUCAUACCUACUAAAAAACACAUACAGACUAACCUUUUAUUAUUUCCAUUGGCUAUAAAUGAUUAAGAGCAACUGUCUUGCAUUCUUUGGCUUCUCCUAUUGCCUAAGUGGUCAGACAAUGGCCCUAUCUGAUAUGAUUUUCAGUUUCUAAUUCCAACUGGUGUUAAAAACGUAAAUUGCAUUGGUAGGAGAUAUCACUUGAAGGUUUCCUCAUGUCUCCCCUUGCAAAAUAUUAAUUUAGGUCUGUCAUAAGAAAGCAGAAUAAACAUUAUUAACUGUAAUGAUUAUAAGUAUCCAUCCAUCCAUUAUCCAUCCUGCUAUAUCCUAACUGCAGGGCGCAAGGCAGGAAACAGACCUCCGGCAGGGUGCUAGCCCACCGCAGAUGAUAAUAAGUAUUUAACUCACAAAAUACCAAUGACUGUAUUUUGUAUUAAUCAUGCUGCAGAGAACUAUAUGAUUUUAUACUUCUAUAUGAUUAGAUCUGCAUUUAGGUAGGAAAGGAAUUAUGUGUAUGCACAAAAUAUGAGACUGAUUUAAUUCUUCUAUGUGAAACAGAACACCCUGUGAUAUUAUGAAUCAAUGUGAUCGUUUUCUUCACUCUUGCUUAAAAUUAUAUGACAAAAAUUGUCAUUUAUGAAUUAAUAAAUAAGGAUUAUUAAUCUAAUCAAACAAAUAUAAUCUAAUGAAAAUAUUAAAGUUAUAAGAAUGUAAUCUCUUUAUAACUAAUGCAAUGAACUUAAAGAAAACUGCUUAAAAUGGGUUUGUACUGAGACGGGCACAUUCUUUAGAUAAUGUAGGUGCCUAGUACUGCUUUGUUUUUCUGUACUCCUAUGUCAUAAAUUAAGAUGUCCCCUAAUAUUUAUAGAUGACCUCAAAUUGAACUGUUAUUUUUUUUUCUGUUCUCUCUUUGGCUAAUGAACAAGCUAGGUGAUAAAAAGGGUGAACAGUUUUUUCUUGGGCCAGUCUGCCCAAAACUCAGAUCAGUUAGCUGAGCUGGGGGGGCAGUCUCACAAUCUCUCACCAGGAAUAAAAGAAUAAAUAUUAAAGAAA